GCUGCUUCCGCCGUUGGGUAAGGUCGUGUUUACAUCAGACUCAAAGGACACACGUGAAGAGUUUUGGACUUAAACAUCUGCUCGACACGGGCAUUUAUCCAUCUAUUUCACAAAGCAGGUUCAAAAUUGUUUGGUCACAAUCACACCUGGAGCCGAUAAACUACAGAACACCGUUUAAGGAUGCUCUCUCUUCCUGUCUGCGUGAGAAUUUCACAAUAAGAGCCUUGUGCGUCUACCUCCACUGAACCAUGUCCCGCCACAGUAAACUCCAGAAGCAGGUGCUCUCUCUGUAUCGCCAGUUUCUCCGCGCGGGAAAGUCCAAACCAGGAUUUGUCCCCAGGAUUAAGGACGAAUUCAAAGAAAAUGCUAAAAUCAAGAAAUCCGACGUGAUGCACAUUGAGUAUCUGUACAGGAGAGGACAGAGGCAGCUGGAGCAACUCAAAGACCACAACACCAAACAGCUGGGAACGUUCUCCAAGAAGAACGAAGAAAGCAGCUGACACAGACUGAGCCGGGGGAGAGGAAAACGGAUUCAGAUUUAUCAGCCAGACUUCUCUGUGGUGCUUAUAUUUAAGGAGCAACGUAAAGCAACGUCUUUAAAAUCAUGGGACUAAGCAGCUAAACUCCACCCACAACUGCAUUUUCAUAUAGUGCUACUAAACUGGGCAGUGCCUGGAGGACUAAAGGGGAGAGAGACAGAGGGGAGAGGGGGUCUGGAGGACUAAAGGGUCCUGGUUUAUUCCUGGUUCAGUCCUCGUUUAUUGGCCGGUUUAUUCCUGGUUUAGUCCUGUUUCAGUCCUAGUUUAGUCCUGGCUUAGUCCUGGUUCAGUCCUGGUUCAGUCC